AUGGCGUCACCCCGGCUCCAAGCACGAAAGGCAUUCCCUUCGCUCACGGUGGCACUCGGCGGACCAAAGUCGCCCAAGGUCAUGUCCGACCUGACGUCACCGGGAGGCACUCGUCGUGAAGGCCUCCCCGAGCCCACGGCACACAUCGUCAUCCGACUUGCAUACACGUAUUUUUUCAUUCCGGUCUGGGCUCUUGCAGCUGCGCUCUCUCUUAAUAUUUUCUUGCAACUGUUUUUUGUCUCGGUCCUUCCUCUCCUCGACAAAUCGCCCUCGCUCUCCAUGGCCGCCAUUGCGCAUGACUCGGUCACUGUAGCUGCUAAUCUCCUCCUCGUCCUCCUCUUUCCCUUCCCGGCCACUCGUGUCGUCUCCAACAUCGCUGGCGGCUGCUCUGGCUCUUCCCCGCCGCUUGUCCUUGCCGUCAUCGUUGCUGCCAUGGCUGCCCUCCCCACUCUCAUUGCUCCAGCCCUCGCCGCCGUCGAUGCCUGGCCGACACAGAUCGCCGGCCUCAUCUACGCCGUCGUCGCCCUCUUCGCCCUCCAGGUCGCCCACAUCGCCGCCUGCUUCUUUGCCCACAAGCGCGAGUGGUUUGGCCACUCGUCGGCCGCCCGUGAGUGCCACGGCUGGGAGAUGCGCGCCACUGCCCGGUUCAAGGCCAUCCACGUCUUCGGCUCGGCCGCUAUUGGCCUCCGCCUUGCUGGCGCAGAGUCGCCGCUCCACUCGCUCUCCUGCAUCCUUGUGGUCACCACUGCCUCGACUGCCGCGCUCGUCAUCGCCUACCUCGUCCUCAAGCUCGCCUUUGAGAUCUGCUCGCUCCCGCGCCGCGCCCUUGUCUACCCCCUGGCUUCGCUCCCGGUUGCCGCCGCCGCCGCCGCCUCGGCCGUCACCGUCGCACUCACCUCCAUUGCGCACGCCUCGCCGUACCUUACCGCGCUCACCGCCGCAGGCUGCGGCGUCGUCGCUUUUGCCAAUCUCACUAUCGCCGUCAAGUCCAAAGACCAACUGCGACAGGCCAUUCCCGAGCGCCGUCACAUAAUCUUCUCUAUGUUCUGGUACCGCACCCUCAUGUACGGCGGCCUCGUUCUCCUCGGCUUGCUCAUCGUCGGCACCCACAUCCAAGAGGCCGCCGUCGUCGACACCUGCUUCCUUGCCCCGGACCACUCCAAGUUUGAGCUCCUCGCCUUCUCGCCACCACCGCAGGACUACCUCGAUCAUCUCGCUUCCCGCGCAACCGCCGCUUCCGGCCCCGGCUACGCUGGCUGCCACAUUCGCAACGAUGGCCUCGACCUUGUCGAGACCGCGCUCCUUGCAGACAUCGCCACUGUAGGCUAUGGCUCGUGCUGGAACUUGUCGCGCUCAGACCUCCUCGCCGCCGUCCUACCAAGCUCGGACUGGACCGAGCUUGGCGCGUCGGCGCCCGACGCCUGGGUCGGCUUUGUCCACCUCCACUCGCCCUCGCGCGACUUGCACGUCCUCGCCGCCCGCGGCACCAUCCCGCACCGCUUCAUCGACCUCAUCCAGGACAUCUCGCUCUACUCGUCCGUCGUCGCCAUUCAGGGCAUCUCCUUCCUCGUCCCGCUCACUGCCUGGCCGCGCGACGCCACCGCCCUCCUCGUCUACACCGGCUCGCUCAUCCACGAGCUCUUUCCCUCGUCCGUUGUCGCCUCGAAGCGCGACUACUACCGUUCGCUCGAAGCCUACCUCACCUCCUACCGCACCGCCCAUCCCUCAGCCUCCUUCCUUCUCACCGGCCACUCGCUCGGCGGUGCGCUGGCCAAAAUCGUCGGCGCCCGCCAUGCCCUCCCGGCCGUCGCCUUCUCCUCGCCAGGCAUCGUCCUCUCGCGCCUCAAGUUUGGCGUCUCGGCUGCCGCCAUCAAUGCCGCUGUCACAAACGUCGUCCCCUCCAACGACAUGAUUCCGCUCGUUGACCUCCAGGGCGGCGUCGUUGUUAACGUCGGCUGCUCCUCGCCCUCGCCAGGCAAAUGCCACGAGGUCGAGCGGACGCUCUGCGAGAUCAACGCCGUCUGCGGCCUCGGCUACGACCAUCUUGGCUGCCACCUGUUUGACGCCACCUACACCCCGCCCCCGGCCCCGCCGGUGGCCUGACACUGUUUAUACAGCCCUUCCCUACCCAACCUCUUCCUUCCCAGCACUCACUCGUGCCGCGAUCCACGCUUCGAUCCGCGCCUUCAGCGCCUCGUCCGGGAUCACUUGGUCGAGCGUGAGCGGCUGCCGGUUGAACGGAUCACUCUCGUCCGAGAGCAGGUGCCGCGUGAUGGUUGACCGGUCGACGCUCACCCGCGAUGACGGGAGAAUAACCGGAUCGCGCAUAAGCGUUGCCAUCAGCGGGUCUAGGAACUCGUCCGGCACGUCGUCCAGGAGCUCGUCAAGCGCGCUCGACUCGGCCGACGACGCCUCGAGCUGCUGCCGGAGCUCGGCGAGCACCGCCAGCUGUACGCUCGUCACCAGCGAGUUCCGCGAGCCGACCUUGAGCAUCUUGUCAAAGACAGAGAGCGAGAACGAGCGCUCAUCACGGACCACUGCCCGCCGGAACGCCUCCUCGCCCGCCAGCGCCGCGUACACCGACGCCACGUCCGAGAGCAGCGCUCGCGGAUCAAACGAGACCUGCUCAGGCCGCGCGAUCUUGAGCUCGAGGCAGUGCGGGCCGACAAGCGAGGCCAUCACCGAGUUGAGCACUGUUGCAAGGUGGUCGGCGAGCGCAGGCGCCACCAGCGGCGCAUGGAUGUCUUGCGCAAGGAGUGCAAGGACCUUGACACUCUCGUUGGCUAGCACCAUAUACGACCGUACUGCCGACCGGAGCUCGCCCUCGCGCGCCUCGGCUGCCGCCCUACCCUCCCCGCUCAGCGCACUCCAUCCUUGGCCAUCCUCGCGCUGCACCUCAAGCUCGCGGAUUUGCGCCAGCCGCGUCAGUGACUCGUCGAGUGUAAAGGUCGCGUCGUUGAGGAGCAUGUUGACAAAGCGGGUAAACGACUCGGGG